AUGCUAAACUCCCACCUCAAAGUCAAGGAGGAUCUCUUCUUCGAUCAUCAGAGCAAAACCCACCAAGGGAAUGGUAGAAAUAGAGCCGUUAUGGAGGGUCUCAUUGCAAGACUCUUCGCUGGGGUCAUCACCAUCAAAGCAGCAUAUGCAGAACUCCAAAUGGCGCAACACCCGUACAACAAUGAGUCCAUUCAAGUCGCGGAUCAAACCGUGGUGGAUGAACUCAAAGCCAUAUCAGAGUUGAAUCGGAGAUUCUUGAAAAAAGAGGUCGAUCUUGCACCCCAAGUCACCAUUAUGCUCGCGGAGAUUCAGGAACAACAAAGCCUGAUGAAAACCUACAAAAUCACCAUCAAGAGGCUCGAAGCCGAGGUUGAUUUCAAGGAGUCCAACAUCUCAUCUUAUCUAUUAUUUUAG